AUGGAGCACGAUCACACCAAGGGUGAACACAAAAGCGCCAAACAAAAAGAGGACAAUGAUGAUCAUGCUUCAGAAACCAAGCAAACCAUCCCCAAAACAACAAAGACAAUCGUCAAAAGAACCAACCCCUUCACGAAACAAGUUAUGAACUUCAAAAUGCCCGAAAACCUCACCCUACCUUCAACCCUAAAACCCUACCAAGGAAUAGGAGACCCAAACGUCCAUGUCACUAAAUUCUACACCAUGAUGUUCAUGAAUAAAGAGUCUGAUCCCAUCCUAUGCCGAACAUUUCCAACCUUCUUAGACGGGGCCUCACUCAUCUGGUUCUCCAACUUACCCGAAGGUUCCAUCUCAAAUUUUGACGAGUUGGCCGACCAGUUCGUCAAUCACUUCGCUGCCUCAAAAAUCUAUGUCCACAACUCAGAUUAUCUGAGCACCAUUAAACAAGGACCAAAUGAAAGCCUAAAGGACUACAUGACCAGGUUUGCAGAAGCAACCAAUGAGAUACCUAACCUGAAUCUCGAAGUUCAUCUCCACGCCCUGAAAAGUGGACUCCAACCAGGGAAGUUCCAAGAAUCCAUUGUGAUAGCAAAGCCCAAGACCCUGGCCGAGUUCCGAGAAAAAGCAACAACUCAAAUCGAAGUAGAGGAGUUUCGAGCACUGCGGAGAGCAGAAAAGUCCACCCCGAACACGGAAGAGGAAAGACGAAGUAGACACACAACCAGUAAGACAGACCAGAGACCGUUCAGACUAACCCCUAAGUUCGACACGUACACUCACUUUAACAAAAAAAGGGAAGACAUCGUGAAAGAUAUAUUGCAUUCCAAGCUCAUCAAACCACCAAACAGAGCCAGUACUUACCAGGACCAGAGACACGUAGACAGAUCCAAAUAUUGUACUUUUCACCAAAAGUACAGCCAUACCAUAGACGACUGUGGAAUAGCAAAGGACGUCCUCGAAAAACUGGCGCGAGAGGGACUGCUAGACAAAUAUAUAGACACCCGCGGGCGAAGAAAAAAUGCUGAAGACCUCGGCCACCAGCAAAAAACAAUUGACAGUUCCCGAGACAAGGGAAGAAAGGUAGACAAUGAUAACAAUCCACCCCGCAGAAUAAUAAACUGCAUUUCUGGUGGUUUUGCAGGUGGAGGGUGUACGAACUCGGCCAGAAAAAGGUCAUACCGAGCUAUGAUGACUAUGACAGAAUCAACUAUACCUCAGCAAACCAGCAAGGACAAACCAGGAAUAUCAUUCAUUUGUGUGUCAAGUUUCUCUCGCAGGAUAACAAACUGGUGA